AAUCGAGGAGCUGCACGAGGGGGAAAGUUGCACUGAUUUAGAGGGCGAGAGAGAGAGAAAGAGAGAGAGAGGACACGCCUGAGUGACGCCCACAGGAAGUGACUACAGCGCCUAUCUCCCCCUGGAGUCCUUACCUGGACAGGACCGGCGGGCACCAUGGUGCCGCUCCUUCAGUAGGAUGUAGAAAAUAGAAGAAGAGGAGGAGAGACAGAGAGAGAGAGAGAGAGAGAGCGAUAGAAGACGGCGGAAAGCUAGACAGUGUGCGAGCAAACAGCAAGGACCAUAGAGAGGAGAGAAAGAGAGAAACACAGAGGGAAUUAGUGGCUGGUUCACUCUCCUCUCCAUAAUCAGAACUGAUUUCACUGAACAACAUGUGUCACGUAAUCGUCACGUGCCGUUCCAUGCUCUGGACUCUUCUCAGCAUCGUGGCAGCCUUCAGUGAGCUCAUCGCCUUCAUGAGCACCGAUUGGCUGGUGGGAUUCCCGCGGACCCCCGACGCAGUCAUCUCCUCACACGGGGCGUCGGCAGCGGGGGAGGCGUAUCGCCCCACGCUGGGCCUGUAUGGACGCUGCAUCCGGCUGCCUCAGCUGCGGCGUGGCGUGCUGUGCGGCCCGUACGCCGUGCACUUUGGCGAGAUCGCCAGCGGCUUCUGGCAGGCCGCCUCCAUCUUCCUGGCCGCAGGAAUCCUCCUGCUGUGCGCCGUCGCCUUCAUCUCUGUCUUCACCAUGUGUUUUCAGAGCAUCAUGAAGAAGAGCAUCUUCAAUGUGUGCGGACUACUGCAGGCCAUUGCAGGUCUGUUUCUGAUCCUGGGGCUGAUGCUGUACCCUGCUGGUUGGGGUUCGGAUAAGGUGCAGCUGUACUGCGGCCCGGACGCCUCUCCCUAUAAGCUGGGGCUGUGCUCCAUGGGCUGGGCCUUCUACACAGCACUGGGCGGCACCGUCCUCACCUUCAUCUGCGCCGUCUUCUCUGCGCAGGCCGAGAUCGCCACCUCCAGCGACAAAGUGCAGGAGGAGAUCGAGGAAGGCAAGAGCCUCAUUUGCCUGCUCUGAGGCCCAAAUGAGAAAAUGACAAGAGAGUGAGCGAGAGCUUCUCCAGCAUGGCAUUACUGUGAGCCAUGAAUGAGUAAAGGAUGAAGUCCCCUGCCCCCCCCCCGCAACAAGGACCACUCCCUACCCCCCAAAACCUGUUGUCUCCUUAAUCAGACAGUGCUGUUUUUUUUACCACUAAACUGACUCUUAGAUCUUUUUUUGUUCUAAUGUGGGAGAAAUCUGCAGUGCCAAAGCUUCUUGUGUUUCUCUAGCCACGUGUGUUUUGUUUUUCUUUUCUAUUCGAGUUCUUUUUUGCCAUGAUGUUUUAUUUUCCAGUAGUGACUGUCCUCUGAAUGCUAAAAUGAAUUGUAAAUAUGUGUAUAUAUUGUACAUAAUGAUGAUGAUGAUGAUGAUGAUGAUGAUGAUGAUGAUUGCAUUAAGAUGAAGAGGAACAUCUCAGUUUGAGCUUAGCGUUGGUUUGAGAACUGAUGCUUUUUAGCAUAUGGAGGUGCUGAAACCGUGGAACCACUAUCUCAGAGAAAAGAGCUCUUCUCUGGCCCCCCUGAUUGACCAGAAUACUGUGUUUGGAAAAGGUGUACAUCUCAGCAGCGGCAUUUUCUGCAGUG